AUGCGCGCUGGGAAUGUUUGUGCGAUGAUGCGGCCCGGUAUUGGCGCGGUGUUUCGCCCGGGAUUGCCCCUUCGUGCGCCAGUUGUGCACAAUAUUGGCUCUACGCUGGGGUCUCGCAGUGCGCAUACGCGUGCUGAACCAGUCGUGAUCCCUUCGACGACGACCGUCUCUAUUCUAGACUUUGCACCACAGCCGCGCCCCACUCGCCCAUUAUCGGGGCUGCUGCGCAAAGCUAAGACGCUUGUAUUUAAUGGUCCAAAAGGAGAAGUGGUCGUGCCGCUGCAUUCGUUCAUCAAGAUGGACUGGCAGGUGCACAACGAUACAAAACACCGUAGUGUUGCGUUCAGUAUCCAGGACGAGAAAAUUAAGGUCCAGCGCGGAAUUUGGGGUCUGACGCGUGCGCUAUGUGCCAACGCUGUAAAAGGCGUAGAAGAGGGCCACGAAGUGCGACUACGACUCGUCGGCGUUGGUUACCGCGCGAGUGUUGAGCCGGAUCCUUUGCCGCGGAAACAUUUGCUCGAGGUCGAAUUAGAGCGCAGCCGUGGGCAUUGGUACGCAUCCGACCAAAAACAAACAGAGCUUGACCGCGCAAAGCGCUUGAUCGAGGCGACCGGCUCGCCUGAGCGGAUCAAUUUGCGCCUGGGAUACUCGCACCCCAUCCUGCUUUCUGUACCCUAUGGAAUCAAGGCCACCACGCCACAGCCUACCUCAAUCGUGCUGCAAAGCGUCAACAAGGAAAUCCUCGGGCAGUUUGCACAGCAGAUUCGGCAGUACCGCAAGCCAGAGCCGUACAAAGGAAAGGGCGUAUUUAUUGGGGACGAGAAGAUCAAACUCAAGUCGCCCAAGAAAAAGUAA